GGGAGUGCAGGGAAAACUGCAGGAGCGCCGGGUUUUUUAUGAUCCCUGUCCUUUUACUAUUUGUAACCAAAACUACAAAUAACAAUUUUCAUACUACUACUAGUGCUAGUCUCCUUGUUUUAGUACUUAGUAGAGGCGGGCAAGAGGGACGACACACAGAAGAAUUUUUAGAAGCAGAUAGUAUUAGACCUAGAAUCCAAAACAGCUCCUCCACAACCUUCAUCUCCCGGACCUGGCUCGGGUAAGAAACGGCUGAGUUGUGGCAGUGGGUCUACGCCGGGACGUCCCAUCACUCCAUCACCCCAACGGAAGCGAGGGCCCGGCCUCGUCAAAAUUCGAGGAAGCCAGAAGAAAAUACGUAACAUCAAAAUUGGAGGAGGAACAUCAAGUAGCGCUGGUGCUGGUGGUAGUGCAACAUCUACUUCAGGUUCAUCGACAACCACGACGACGACACAUAAUACGGGCGCAAAUGCCAACUUCUGUGCUUCUACAACUUGUACUGCCACAGGAUCAGCAACUACGGGGGGAAACCGCCGUAGUUCCGCCAAGAUUUCUACAGCCGCACGCAUGAGCGGCUUCGGAGGAAGCCCUGGCGACAAUAGGAGGCUAAGCACGACAUCAACAACCG